CUCUGUUUUAUAUGUGCUUCCCAGUCCUGUGGUUCUGCUAUAACGGGGACGCUGAGUCCCCACAGACCUGGAAAAUUGCGGCCCCUCUUUCUCAACCCGGAGCAAAUUGAGACGUCCGGGUGAGAGUCCGUGAGUCCCUUCGAGUUUAAAGUGGCCCUGAGGCAGGUCCCGUCCUCAGUCGUUCUGCAGUGGGGUCGUGUAGACACCUCCUAUCGCGGAAUUUUCCUUCUCAAAACCCUUCCUGACCCGUCCUUCCGCCUCGCGCUGUUUGAAGUCCUCACCCGCGAGCUGGAUUCCCGCCCUGGGCGCCUCCCACCGUCGCUCUCGUCGGCUUCAGAAGCGCCGCGCCUCAACCCCAGUUCCCGGGAGGCCGCGUCCUCUGCCUGGUCCUAAGAUCCUGCAGAUGCCACCCCCGUCCGAAGGCGCCGUCGCCCCCCACCUCACUCCUCGUGCGGGGCCCUUUUGCUUCCUAGUUCCAACUCCUGGAAAACGAAUUUAUGCAAUCACGAAAGCACUCCACAGAGGGAAGUGGGCCCGAGCCAGCGUCUCCAGGGCCCCGUUUACAAAGUUUUGGGGGAUUAAAGUAUUUAUUUUGAGGUCCCUAUGGGCACCCCUUAUCUGGAUGAAGAAUUUGGCCCUUGGCCAACGAAAUGCUGAUGUGAAUUGGCCCGAGGCCAGAGCAGAUGAGUGCCCUAUGCAGAUGAAGGUGUGGCCGGUGCUUGGCCGUGGCCACUCCUGGGCUCUUUCCCUUUCUGAGACGUGGUGGAAGGGGGAGGGCGGUAGGGAGAGCGGCCUUUGAUCCUUUGUUACUCCGGAUGCGGAGACGGGGUUUUUCCUUUUUGUCUAGUUUUGGGAAGUUCACGUUAAUUGGCCUUAGAUUCGCUGCCCCCAGACCCAGGACGUAGGUGUUUCCUUUUUCUUCUUUUUUAUUGGAGAUGGGUCUCACUCUGUUGCCCAGGCGGGAGAGCGGUGACAGGAUCACAGCUCACUGCAUCGUCAACAUCCUAUGCUCAAGAGAUCCUGUCACCUCAGCCUCCAGAGUAGCUGGGACCACAGCCGCACGCCACCACACCGCGGCUGGAGUGCAAUGGCACGAUCUUGGCUCACCACACCCUCUACCUCCCGGAUUCAAGUGAUUCUCCUACCUCAGCCUCCUGAAUAGCUGGGAUUACAGGCAUGUGCCACUACGCCAAGCUAAUUUUGUAUUUCUAAUGGAGAUGGGGUUUCUCCAUGUUUGUCAGGCUGGUCUCAAACUCCCAACCUCAGGUGAUCCACCCACCUCGGCCUCCCAAAGUGCUGGGAUUUAAGGUGUGAGCCACUGCACCCGGCCCCAGGACCUUUUUUCUUUACGUUAACAUCAAAAUUUAGUUCAAGUAGCGUAUUAUUCUAUUUUCUUUCCUUAUGUCAUCUGAUAAAAUGGUGAGCUGUGAGCUUUAAGUAAACAUCUCCCUCAAGUUCCUCUGGUCCAUAAUAUUCCUUGCAGAUGUUGAACGAUGGGCUGGAUUGUUUUGGAACCUUGUUCCAGCAGAGCCCAUGUGUUCAUGAAGAAAACAUUUGCUUACAGCUUAUUUCUACCAUUGCCUCUAUUUCAGUGUUUUGUUGUUGUUGUUGUUGAUUUGUUUUUUUUUUUUUUUUUUUGAGAAGGAGUCUCACUCUGUCAACCAGGCUGGAGUGCAGUGGCAUGAUCUUGGCUCACUUGCAACCUCUGCCUCCCGGGUUCCAAUGAUUCUCCUGUCUCAGCCUCCUGAGUAGCUGGGAUUACAGGCACACACCACCAUGCCAGGCUAAUUUUUGUAGUUUUAGCAGAAACCGGGUUUCACCAUGUGGACCAGGAUGGUUUCAAUCUCCUGACCUCAUGAUCCACCUGCCUCGGCCUCCCAUGGUGCUGGGAUUACAGGCGUGAGUCACCGCACCUGGCCUCUUUCAGUGUUUUAAACACCUAUAGCUAUGUGUUCACACUUGUGUUUAUUUUGAAUGUAUUACUGUCAUAUUUCUGGGAAAAUAAUUACGUGUUUAGGAUUCAUGCCAUCAGAACCUUAGACAUGGAGAGAGACAUUUCUUUUGCUCAGCUGUAUAAAAGAUAGUCCUGGAAUUUUCUUUUUUUUAUUUUUAUUUUUUUGAGACAGUCUUGCUCUGUCACCCAGGCUGGAGUACAGUGGGGCAAUCCGGCUCACUGCAACUUCUGCCUUCCAUGUUCAACUGUUUCUCUUGCCUCAGCCUCCAGAGUACCUGGGACUACAGGAGCCAGCCACCACACCCCAGCCAAUCUUCGUAUUUUUAGUAGAGACAAGGUUUCACCAUAUUGGCCAGAUUGUUCUCUGAACUCUUGACCUCAAGUGAUCCACCCAUCUCGGCCUCCCAAAGUGCUGGGAUUACAGGUGUGAGCCACCUUGCCUGACCCCUCUUCACUAGUUUUUAAUUUACAUAAUGAAUUCUGAUUUUGAACCCAUGUAUUGAGUUUUUCCAUUUAGUUACUGUAUUUUUAGCCCGAGAGUUUCUGUGUAGUUCGUCAUAAUUUCUGUAUGUUGGUUGACCUUCUUAUUUUCUUCAUGCAUUGCUUUUACGAUUUCUUGAAGUUAUGUCCUAAUUCAAUGAGCUUCCAACUUUUUGGGGGGUGGAGGUGAUGGGGUUUCACUGUGUCCCCCAGGCUUGAGGGCAGUUGUGCGAUUUUGGGUCACUUCAACCUCUGCUCUCCAGGCUCAAGCCAUCCUCCCACCUCAGCCUGGUGAGUAGCUUUGGUUGUGUCCUCUCCAGGUUUUUGCUUAUGCCUCCUGAAUGCAAGUUAAUUUAAGUGUGUGUGGAUGUAAUUUGAAGUAUGUGCUGAAGUGCAUUAAUGGAUAAGCCCAUGCUUUUUUUUUGAGACAGAGUCUCACUUUGUCGACAGGCUGGAGUGCAGUGGUGCCAUCUCAGCUCACUGCAACUUCUGACUCCCGAGUUCAAGUGAUUCUUUUGCCUCAGCCUCCCAAGUAGCUGGGACAACAGGGGCAUGCCAAGAAGCCCAGCUAACUUUUGUACUUGUAGUAGAGAGGGGGUUUCACCAUGUUGGCCAAAAUUGUCUCAAUCUCUUGAUCUCAUGAUCCACCUGCCUCACCCUCCCAGAGUGCUGGGAUUACAGGCAUGAGGUAACGCAUGUGGCCAAGCCCAUGGUUUAUGUAGAAAACACAGCAUUUGCAGCAUAUAUAUAUAUAUAUAUAUAUAUAUAUAUAUAUAUAAUUAUUAUUUUUUUUAUUUUUUGAGAAAGUCUUGCUCUGUUGCCCAGGCCUGCGUUGGGAAGGUGCCUGGGGCCUGUCCGGUGACACAAGGUGUUCUUCCCUGCCCAGCACCAGCCCCUGGAAAAUGGGCUCCUCUGACAUGUAGGUGUCCAAAUCCUCCUGUGAUUGUGUGGGCCAAAGGGAUCAGGAGACAGAGAGAGAGCAGUAAAAAACCUGAGACAGAGAAAAGAAUGAGAAAGGCCCAUAACAGAUGGCAAAGUAGAAGAUGGGUGAGGGAUUUGCCAAGAGACAACAAAAGUGGAAAAAAAAAAAGAUGAGAAAGCAGGAGGAGAAAAGCAACUGGAGAAAUGUAGAGAAAAGCUAGAUGUACAGAGAGAUGAAGGACAGCAAGGUAGGUAGAGGGGCAGCAAAGAGGGAGGCUCACCAGAGUGAGGAAGAGGAGGUGGGAUUUGGAGCCAGGGCAGAUAGAGCAGAGUGAUGAUGGUGGCAAAGAGAACAGAGGGAGAACCACAGCAGGGAGGACACCUGGGGAUCUGGGGUGCCAGAGCAUGGGGCCAGGGGAGUGUAACAAGGAAGAGAGAAUUUAACAGGGAGAGCUGAGGCGGCGCAGAGAUGGGAGAAGAGGCAGAAAUCUAUAGAGAUUGACGACGAUCUAAAGACUGGGGAGAAGGAGCAACAAGAGGUUAAAUGAGUCGUGGAGGUGGAGCCUGGCUAAUUUUUGUAUUUUUAGUAGAGACAGGGUUUCACCAUGUUGGCCAGGUUGGUCUUGAACUCCUGACCUCAGGCGAUCCACCUGCCCUACCUCCCAAAGAGCUGGGAUUACAGACAUGAGCCACUGCAUCUGGCCAUCCAUGUUUUCUUGAUUGAAAAAAUUUGCUUAUAUCGUAGUUCUACAGCUGACCCUCUUUCCCUAUUUUCUUUUUUUGUUUGUUUGUUUUUUUGAGAGACAGUUCCACUCUUGUUGCCCAGGCUGGAGUGCAAUGGCAUGAUCUCAGCUGACCACAACCUCUGCCUCCCGGGUUCAAGCAAUUCUUCUGCCUCAGCCUUCCUGAGUAGCUGGGAUUACAGCCAUGCCCCAACAUGCCUAGAUAAUUUUUGUAUUUUUAGUAGAGACGGGGGUUUCUCCAUGUUGCUCAGGCUGGUCUGGAACUCCUGACCUCAGCUGAUCCACCCACCUUGGCCUCCCAAAGUGCUGUGAUUACAGGCCUGAGCCACUCCACCUGGCCUCCGUGUUUUCAAGGAUUGACUUCUAAAGACUCUUGCUAUGUGAGGAGGAAACCCAGAAGAGGAAGAGGAAAGCAAAGGAGUCAGGGAUGGCUCUUCCUCAGGGUCUAUUGACAUUCAGGGAUGUGGCCAUAGAAUUCUCUCAGGAGGAGUGGAAAUGCCUGGACCCUGCUCAGAGGACUCUAUACAGGGACGUGAUGUUGGAGAAUUAUAGGAACCUGGUCUCCCUGGAUACCUCUUCCAAAUGCAUGAUGAAUACCUUGUCAUCAACAGGGCAAGGCAAUACAGAAGUGUUCCACAAAGGAACAUUGCAAAGACAAGCAAGUUAUCACAUUGGAGCAUUUUGCUCCCAGGAAAUUGAGAAAGACAUUCAUGACUUUGUGUUUCAGUGGCAAGAAGAUGAAACAAAUGACCAUGAAGCACCCAUGACAGAAAUAAAAAAGUUGGCUGGUAGUACAGAGCGAUAUGAUCAAAGGCGUGCUGGAAACAAGCCUAUUAAACAUCAGCUUGGAUCAAGAUUCCAUUUGCAUUUGCGAAGACAUAGGAGAAUUCAUACUGGAGAGAAACCUUACAAAUGUGAAGAAUGUGAGAAAGUUUUCAGUUGCAAUUCACAUCUUGAGAUACAUAGGAUAAUUCAUACUGGAGAGAAACCAUACAAAUGUAAGGUUUGUGACAAGGCUUUUAAGCAUGAUUCACACCUGGCACAACAUACUAGAAUUCACAGGGGAGACAAACAUUACACAUGUAAUGAAUGUGGCAAGGUUUUUGAUCAAAAAGCAAACCUUGCAUGUCAUCAUAGAAGUCAUACUGGAGAGAAACCUUAUAAGUGUAAUGAGUGUGGCAAGACCUUUAGUCAGACAUCACACCUUUUAUACCAUCAUAGACUGCAUACUGGAGAGAAACCUUACAAAUGUAAUGAGUGUGGCAAGACCUUCGCUCGAAAUUCGGUCCUCAUAAUUCAUAAGGCAGUUCAUACUGCAGAAAAACCUUAUAAGUGUAAUGAAUGUGGCAAGGUUUUUAAGCAACGAGCAACUCUUGCAGGACAUCGUAGAGUUCACACUGGAGAGAAACCUUACAGAUGUGAAGAAUGCGACAAAGUUUUUAGUCGCAAAUCACACCUUGAAAGACAUAGGAGGAUUCAUACUGGAGAGAAACCGUACAAAUGUAAGGUUUGUGACAAGGCUUUCCGGAGUGAUUCACGCCUUGCAGAACAUCAGAGAGUUCAUACUGGAGAGAGACCUUACACAUGUAAUGAAUGUGGCAAGGUUUUUAGUACAAAAGCAUACCUUGCAUGUCAUCAUAAACUUCAUACUGGAGAGAAACUUUACGGAUGUGAAGAAUGUGACAAAGUUUACAUUCGCAAAUCACACCUUGAAAGACAUAGGAGGAUUCAUACAGGAGAGAAACCUCACAAGUGUGAUGAUUGUGGCAAAGCCUUUAAUUCACCUUCACACCUUAUUAGGCAUCAGAGAAUCCAUACUGGACAGAAAUCUUACAAAUGUCAUCAGUGUGGCAAGGUCUUCAGUCUGAGGUCACUCCUUGCAGAACAUCAGAAAAUUCCUUUUGGAGACAGUUGUUUCAAAUGCAAUGAGUAUAGCAAACCAUCAAGCAUUAAUUGAUAUUAGAGUCAAAUCAGCAUUGACCUGAGUUUGAGUUGACUUAACAUUGAUUUCAAGCAUUAAUUGACAUUAAACUGUUUAUGUUAAGAGGAUUGGGCCAGGCGUGGUGUCUCACACCUGUAAUCCCAGCACUUUGAGAGGCCAAGACAGGUAGGUCACUUGAGGUCAUGAAUUUGAGACCAGCCUGGCCAACAGAUGGCAGCCACUUUUCUCAGCCUGUAUGUUCUUUUAUUUAUAUAUAUUUUUUAAGAUGGAAUCUUGCUCUGUCACCCACGUUGGAGUGCAGUGAUGUGAUCUUGGUUCACUGCAACCUUCACCUCCCAGGUUCAUGGGAUUCUCCUGCCUCAGUCUCCCGAGUAGCUGGGACUACAGGUGAAUGCCACCAUGCCUGGGUAAUUUUUUGUAUUUUUACUGGGUUUCACCAUGUUAACUAGGAUGGUCUCGAUCUUCUGACCUUAUGAUCCGCCUGCCUCCACCUGCCAAAGUGCUGAGAUUACAGGCAUGAGCCACCAUGCCUGGCCUGUUUUUGGUUUCUUUAACAAAAAGUUAUAGAAAUUUCUCUGGGUAUUGUUUUGAAUCUACAUCAUAUUCAGUUAUAUAAUCAUUUAGCAAUAUUAUUCCAUUCAAUAUGGCUUGUAUCUCUUAUUUGUACAUGUUUUUAAUCAUUUUGAUCAAUGUUUGUAGAUUUGAAGGUAGAAACUUCUCACCUUUUUACGUUUAUUCCUAAGUAUUUCUUACUUUAAGUUCUUUAGCAAAUGAAAGUGUUUUUUAAUUUUCUUUUUAAAUUGUUUAUUGUUAAUGUAUGGAAAUUCAACUAAUUUUUGGUGCUGUUAUUCUAUUCUGCAAAUCCACUGCAUAUGUUUAUUAGUUCCAGUUGCAUUUUGGUUGACUCUUUGUGAUUUUCUACACAGAAUAUCAUGUCAUCUACAAACAAACAGAAUUUUACUUCUUUCUUUCUGAUUUGGAUGAGUUUGAUUUCUUUUGCUAUUUCAUUGCUCUGGCUAGGACAGCCGGUAUUGAUUGAAUAGAAAGGGUGAGAGCAUUCUUGCAUCAUGUGAGAUCCUACAGGAAAAGCAUUCCAUUUUCCCUGAUUGGUUAUUUCUGCUGUGGUCAUCUCAUGGAUGGUCUUUGUAUUGUUGAGGUAAACUUUCUUCUCUUUCUAUUUUGUGUAGGAUUUCCAUGAUGACUGGAUGUUGAAUUCUGUGAAAUGCUUCUUUGCCAUGUAUUGAGAUGAUGUGGUUUUCAUCUUUAAUUUUGUCAAGUGGUAUAUCACAUUGAUUUGCUUGACUAUGUUGAAUCAUUUUGCAUCCCAGAAAUAAGUGGCACUUACAUAUCAACAAUCCUUUUUAUAACCUUUUGAAUACAGUUUGCUAGUACAAGGGGUCUUCAGGAAGUUCAUGGAAAAAUACAUAUUAUGAGACAAUUGCACAUGAUGUCACAUUUUUUGCACCAAAAUAAACUGGUACAAAUCUGUUA